GGCGCUGGAGGCCGGCGGACGGGCGGGCGGCGGCGGCGGCGGCGCGCACGGGAGGCGCGCCCCGGGCCGCCCGCGCCCUCCCAGCUCCCCCACCAGUGCACGAGUUUACCUCUAGAGGUCAUCAGGCAGGAUUUACGACUGGACAACAAAAGCACGUGAUGUGAAGCCGUACCCCAUAUUUGGGUGCCUACGUAGGAGGGAACCAAGUACAUGUCCCAGUCAUUUCCAUAAUUCAUCAUAAAUUGUGCAAGGGUGCUAUAGACGCACAAAACGACCAAGAGCCACAAAUCAAGCACACAUAUCAAAAAACAAAUGAGCUCUUAUUUUGUAAACUCAUUUUGCGGUCGCUAUCCAAAUGGCCCGGACUACCAGUUACAUAAUUAUGGAGAUCACAGCUCGGUGAGCGAGCAAUACAGGGACUCCGCCAGCAUGCACUCCGGCAGGUACGGAUACGGCUACAAUGGCAUGGACCUCAGCGUCGGGCGCUCUGCUUCCACUCACUUUGGUGCCAAUGAGAGACCCCGCAGUUACCCGGCCAACACCACCUCUGCCUCGACAGAGCCCAGGUACAACCAGCCCGCGACGUCUUCCCACUCGCCUCCCCCUGACCCUCUGCCCUGCACCGCCGUGGCCGGUUCGCCUGUCAGCGAGAGUCACCACGGGGUGAAAAACUCCCUCGCCAACUCCACCAGCACUUCGUCCAAUUCCAGCAGCAACACGCACAUCAGCAGAGACGGGGUUGGCACCUCGUCUGGGACUGAGGAAGACACUCCAGCAAGCAGCGAGCAGGCAAGUGCCCCGACCGACCAAAGCACAGCCCAGCCUUCACAGCCCCAGAUCUACCCCUGGAUGCGAAAACUGCACAUAAGUCAUGACAACAUAGGGGGACCAGAAGGGAAAAGGGCUCGGACUGCUUACACCCGCUAUCAGACCUUGGAGCUCGAAAAGGAAUUUCACUUCAAUAGAUACCUGACCCGCAGAAGAAGGAUUGAAAUAGCACAUGCUCUUUGCCUCUCAGAGAGACAAAUAAAGAUCUGGUUCCAAAACAGGAGAAUGAAAUGGAAAAAGGAUAAUAAGCUGAAAAGUAUGAGCAUGGCAGCUGCAGGAGGGGCAUUCCGUCCCUAAGCGUUUGAUCAAUUAAAAGUACUGAGCAGUAUUAGCUGACCCUGCGUCGUCUCAUGUCAGUACUAAGUUGACUUUCUAAAACUUCCUUGUGUUACUUCUGUGAAGAAACCCUGUUCUUGUCGCCCUUAUUCAUCUUUUAAUCAUGAGCCUGUUUAUUACCAUUCUCUCGCGUGUAUAAGUAGAUCUGCUUUUAUCGUACAUUUCUUUGUCUUGAAUGGCUUUGUCUUGAAAAAAAUAAUAGAUGUUUUAACUUAUUUAUAUGAAGCGAGCUGUGUUACUUGAAGUAACUGUUAAAACAAAACAAAACUAAACAAAAAAGAACAAAAAGGGAAAAAAAAGAAGUUAAAAAAAAAAAAAGGAGAGAGAGAAAGGAAACCCUCCCCCGGUUUAGUACAAAUGUUAUGUGUUGCACUCAACCUGCUUAACUGUGCAUGUGUGGUCAAGUGUUAAUGUCUGUAUAGCUCCAAGCUGUUAAAAAUAUUUUUAUUCAAACUACCUAUAUAAUUCCUGUGUAAUUAAUGCUGUUGUAGAGGUGAAAUGAUGAAAUCAACUGAACUUGUCCUACGUGUAGUGAAUAGUGAAUCUGUGACGAAAACUGUGAUUCCAAGCAGUAUGUCCUUGCUGUGCCUUUGUAUAUGACUCUUUGCACGAACUCUUAGAAGUGGCUCUUAUUAAGCGCAGCUUCUGUGAUGUAUGUUUUUUGUGAACAAAGUUACAAAUAUAGUCAAAGUCUGGCUGUUUGAGCAAACUGUGAUCAGCUUUUUUUUUAUUAUUAUUAUAAUUAUUUGUUUUUAAAAAAAAAAAACCUGACUGGAAAUCAACAAAAAAAUAAACUUUCUAUUGUAAAGUUUUUGUGAUCUGA